AAAUACAAUUAAAAAUAAAUAAAAAAGUAAAAACUCACUCACUACUCACUCCCACCAAAGAAGGGUUUUUUAGACUCUCCACCGGCCUCUUUCUAUCUCUCUCUUUGGCUGCGUUUUUCUUUCUCUCUCUCUCAUCAGAAAGAAAGAGAGAGAUAAACCAAAGUUACAUCCCCCAAACCCUAUCUCCCUCUCUCUAUCGUAUUUCUCUCUCAUCUCUUUUUCUAUAUCUUUCUUCGAAUCCAAUCGCAUCUUGAUUCAGCCCCCUCGCGGCCGCUGAAUCUGUUUAUCUUUUUUUUCGUAUUGUAUCUUUGAUCGGACGGCGGAGAUUAUUCUCGGGAGUGAAAGAUUGAGGUAUGCAGCAGGCUGAUCAGACGGUGUUGAGCUUGAGACCUGGUGGCGGUCGCGGUAGACUUGGUGGUGGUUCUCGCUUUGAGUCCUCCUCUUCUACUUCGUCGUCUUCCUCCUCUUUUGCCUUUGGUUCCCUUUCAUCUGAUCUCCCUCUUUUGCGCCCCCAUGGUGGCUCGCCGCCUUCUUUCUCCAUAAAGAGUGGAGACUCCAGGUUUGAGGGUCGUGAACGAGUGCGGUACACUCGAGACCAACUAUUGCAGCUUCGUGAGGUUGGUGAAGUUCCAGAGGAAAUUUUGAAACUUAGACGAGAAAUAGAAGCUGAAUUUCUCGGUGAAGAACCAAACUGGGGACGUGGAGAGACUAUUCCACCAAAUCCCCCUCAGGGUCGCUAUUCUGAGCCAGACAAUCGUGAUUGGCGUGGCCGCUCGGCACCAUUUCCUCCCUCUGGGGAAGAGAGGUCUUGGGAAGCCCUUAAAGAGAACAGGGAGUUUGGCAACCGAUCUGAUUCCAGACAGCAGGAUGCCAAUCAGUUUGGUCGUCAAGAUCAAUCAAGCUCCCAGUUUGCUAGGUCUAAUGAAGGGGGAGGACCACCCCCUGCUCUUGUCAAGGCAGAGGUGCCGUGGUCGGCUAGGAGAGGAACUUUAUCUGACAAGGAUCGUGUUUUGAAGACAAUAAAAGGAAUACUGAACAAGCUGACGCCAGAGAAAUUUGAUGUCCUUAAAGGUCAACUAAUUGAUUCGGGAAUUACAUCAGCCGAUAUAUUAAAGGAUGUUAUAUCUCUGAUAUUUGAUAAGGCUGUGCUUGAGCCCACAUUUUGCCCUAUGUAUGCUCGUCUGUGUUUUGAUCUUAGUGAGAAUCUCCCUAUGUUCCCAUCUGAUGAACCUGGUGGCAAAGAAAUCACGUUCAAGCGUGUGCUCCUAAAUAACUGCCAGGAGGCUUUUGAAGGUGCUGAUAAAAUUAGGGAAGAAAUAAGACAAAUGACUGCUCCUGAACAAGAGAUGGAGCGCAGGGACAAAGAUAGAUUGCUCAAGCUUCGUACACUUGGAAACAUCCGGUUGAUUGGAGAGCUUCUGAAGCAGAAGAUGGUGCCUGAAAAGAUUGUCCACCACAUUGUUCAGGAACUUUUAGGAACUGAUGUUAAAGUUUGCCCUGCCGAGGAAAAUGUUGAGGCGAUUUGUCAGUUCUUCAACACAAUUGGUAAGCAGCUGGAUGAGAGCCCAAAAUCAAGGCGAAUAAAUGAUGUGUACUUUGGCAGAUUAAAGGAACUUACAACAAAUCCUCAGUUGGCUCCGAGACUGAGGUUUAUGGUUCGUGAUGUUCUUGAUUUGCGUUCCAAUAAUUGGGUACCCAGGCGUGAAGAGGUAAAAGCCAAAACCAUUACUGAAAUACAUACAGAGGCCGAAAAGAAUCUUGGGUUACGACCAGGUGCCACAGCAAGCAUCAGAAAUAAUCGUGGCCUAGUUUCUAGUAAUCAAGGGAGCACAAGUCCUGGAGGCUUCCCCAUUGGAGGAAGGCCUGGUGCAGGGGGUAUGAUGCCUGGAAUGCCAGGCGCUACUAGGAAAAUGCCUGGGAUGCCUGUGAUUGGAAUGGAUAAUGACAACUGGGAAGUAGUGCCUAGGCAACGGUCAAUGCCAAGGGGGGACGUUUCUGGUGUCCAUGUGGCUGGACGUGGCCAGUCUCCAUUAAUUGGGAAAUCAACUUCGAUGAAUACAAGGCUGUUACCUCAGGGUAGUGGCGGAAUCAUAAGUGGCAAGACAAGUGCCCUGUUGCAAGGCAGUGGUACCCCUCCUGCCCGGCCAUCUAACUAUGGUUUUGCUGCAGAAACUGCAGCUGAAGUUGCUAGACCUGUUCCUCCUCCUGCAUCUUUGCCUGUAGUUGUAGAGAAACCACAGGCUCCAGUUCUAGGGUUGAGUCCUGCAGAUCUUCAUAAAAAGACAGUUUCUCUUUUGGAGGAAUAUUUCAGUAUCCUGAUGUUAGAUGAGGCACAACAGUGUGUGGAGGAACUCAAGUCUCCAGGUUACCACUCAGAGGUUGUCAAGGAGGCCAUUUCUCUUGCUCUAGAAAAAAGUCCACCGUGUGUCAACCAAACUGUGAGGCUUCUAGAUCACCUGUCUUCUAAAAAGAUCAUUACGGCAAGAGACAUAGGCACUGGAUGUUUGCUCUAUGCGUCACUCCUGGACGAUGUCGGUAUUGAUUUACCAAUAGCACCACCUAAUUUUGGUGCAAUUAUAGGAAAGUUACUGUCAAAUGGAAGUUUGGACUUUAAAGUGCUGAUAGAGGUUCUCAAGAAAGUGGAAGACGACCGCUUUCGAAUUUCCAUAUUUGACAACGCAAUGAGGAUUGUUAAUGCUAGUCCUUCCGGUCAAGGCUUAUUGGAAGCCCAAGCAUCUGACGUUGAGGCCUGCCGGAGUUUGCUUUAGAAAGGUCCUAAAAUAUUUUUGCAACUGAGUACUUUUGUUCUUUUUUCUGUAACAUUGUGAGAACUUCUCGUCGUCAUUUUGUUUCGCGUUUUCAAUGCCUUUUUUCAUUCACCCCACCCCUCCUGAAGAGAGCUAGUUGUAUUACGGUAUGUGAUAAGGUGGAGAGAGCUGCCAAGAACAGAUAAUUUUUAUGGAGUUGUAAAUUUUCUUUUUUCCCCAACCCCUGAGGAAGGUGUCACAGCAGUGUGCUUUUUCGAGGAAAGAAAACCAACCAUAAAUGCCAUUUAGAUUUUGUUCCCGGGAUUUGGCUGAUCAUGUGCCAUAAAACUUGCUUGAAGACUAGCCCUUGUGGGAUCCAGAUGUUUUUUUGCUUUAUAUUUCGUUACUUUUUGUAUCAUUUUUUUUCCCUCUUUAUUUUUUUCUUUUCGGGUUAUAAAUUUUCUCGACUGAGUAAUUUAGUUCAUUGUUAAACUGGUUAGCUCAUAAAUGUUAUGUCUUUUGCCUUAUUCUUGAGAGGUAAUGCAUGAUUCCAUAUCUUAAUUUUUCUA